UGGAGAUUUUCUCUGAUUAACGGGACAGAGGUGAAUUAUUCCAUGUCGUAUAUGCGCUGAAGCAGGAGGAAAUAAAAUGAAUAUGCAACACAGCCGUGGCAUAAACAGCGCUAAAAAACAAUCUUGCCAUCCUUGUUAAACAGACACGUGUGCGUUUCUUUUGAGCUUUUUGGACUUUUUGGAUAUACGGUUCAGUUUAGGAAUAACUUUGUUGGAUUUUACAGUCACUACUGCGAGAACGUAAUUCUUCAGGAUGGAUUACGAACAAUGCUACUACAACGAAACCAUAGCCUUUUUUUAUAACAAAAGUGGAAAGUAUCUUGCAACAGAAUGGAAUACAGUAAGCAAGCUAGUCAUGGGACUUGGGAUUACAGUAUGCAUUUUUAUUAUGCUAGCGAACUUGCUUGUGAUGGUGGCCAUCUACAAAAACCGCCGAUUUCAUUUUCCAAUCUACUACCUAAUGGCUAACCUAGCGGCUGCGGACUUCUUUGCAGGACUUGCCUACUUCUACUUGAUGUUUAACACGGGACCCAAUACAAGAAGGCUGACGGUCAGCACGUGGUUGUUGCGCCAAGGUCUAAUCGAUACAAGCCUAACAGCGUCAGUUGCUAACUUGCUAGCUAUAGCCAUUGAGCGUCACAUCACUGUUUUCCGCAUGCAGCUCCACACUCGCAUGAGUAAUCGACGAGUAGUUGUUGUUAUUGUAAUCAUCUGGACCAUGUCUAUAAUAAUGGGGGCCAUACCUAGCGUGGGAUGGAACUGCAUCUGUGACAUUAGUACCUGCUCCAACAUGGCACCUCUCUACAGUAAUUCCUACCUGGGCUUUUGGGUGAUCUUCAACCUGCUUACAUUUGUGGUGAUGGUUGUUCUUUAUGCCCACAUAUUCAUGUACGUACGCCAGCGGACCAUGAGGAUGUCACGGCAUAGCUCGGGUCAACGACGCAACAGAGAUACUAUGAUGAGCUUGCUGAAGACGGUAGUGAUUGUGUUGGGUGCCUUCAUUGUGUGCUGGACGCCUGGUUUGGUCCUUCUCUUGCUGGAUGUGGUGUGCAAAGAUUGCAAUGUUCUGAUCUUUGAGAAAUUCUUCCUGCUAUUAGCAGAAUUCAACUCCGCCAUGAACCCGAUCAUAUAUUCCUACCGGGACAAGGAGAUGAGUGUCACAUUCAAACAGAUCCUGUGCUGUCAACGGCAGGAGAAUGUGAAUGGUACAACAGAGGGUUCAGACCGGUCUGCAUCCUCCAUUAACCACACCGUCCUGAGUGGAGCUCACCACAAUGACCAUUCAGUGGUCUGAGGUUCAACAGCGGCCAGGAUCCUCUUAGAUAAAGCAAGAAAAUGACUGUGAAGGUAUUUUUUAUCAGCUAAAGACUUUUUCAGCUUACAAGGUUUUUUUUUGUUAGUCUGUUUUUUUGUAUGUUUUGAUAAUACAAGUAUAUUAAACUAUUUAAAGGCUAAUCCAAGAGGUUUUUAAGUAUCCAGUUUAACACGAAUUAUGUUUGCUCCUAUAAUGCCUUAAAGAUGAAAAAAGUUUGAUGAGCAUUUAGACUAGUUGUAAUUGUUGACCAAAUUGUUGCAAAACAAGGAUGAAUUUUGUGUAUUGUGUACAGCAGGUGUUAAAGUGACGGAUGUUGUCAAGUGCCCAGUGAAUCUGUUUAGCUAAUUUACUCUAGAAAGAAAUAGUGCACUUGAGGGACCACUGGGAAAUCAUUUUAGGUGAUCUAUGUAAACUACUUGAUGUUGGCUUGAUUUGUUUUGUUGUUGCAUAGUUUGUUUUGCACUGGCAGUUCAACCUACGAUGACAGUAUAAUGUCGGUGGAUUAAACACUUUCUAGGUGGAUCUGACUGACCAUUUGAAAAACUGAAGUAACUAAUCAUGAUAAUAAAUGGCAUGGUGCAAAAUUGAGGCCCCCAUUCAAUUUCUCGAAAUCUUUCACAUUUAGAUCACCUAUGAAUAGUAAUUUGGUGGAUAAUACUUUGAAAGUAUAACAUAUAGAUAAAGUUUGUCUGGAUGUCACAACUGAACAUUUUAACAAAUUGGGUAUCUCUUAGAUUCUGAGAUUAUACAUCAGUUUACUAUGACUAUGUGUAGUAAACUUCAUAUUAUUAUGCUAGUUUAGCAGGCUAAUUGUAUACUUUGUUUACUCAUUGUAUUUGUCACUCUUUUGCCAUCUCAGUUUUAAAAAUAAGAUUGCAGGUUACUUUACAGGUUUUACUUUACUUUACUUUUUUACUACUGGGGUUGAAGUUAAAUGGUAUCAAACCAAACGCAAAUUUUUACCGACAGUUUUGAACACUGUUUUUUUUUAUACUUGCUCAGUAGAUAAUGUUUGUGCAUUUUAACCACAAAAAGUUACAAAUCGCAGCUUUAAUAUUUCUAAACAGCAUGUUUUUUAAGUUAGGGCCUUACAUUCAUCAGAUGUAUUUGUUGAUUGGUCAAUGGGUGUUUUAGUUUAGAUGAGGGCUGGAUUCUCACUGUACAAUGGUUCUUAAAUAUCUGUGUGAAGCUGGGUGUUCUUCUGUAACUCAACAUAAUGCUUUUAUAGACAAACAUAUGCCAUUGUUUAAUUAAUAUUUGUAAUAGGCAACCCCAUUGAACCUCAAAGCUGCCUGGUCGCAUUGCUAGUGACACUAUGUCCCUUAUCUAAACUAGAACAUAAGCUUUACAUUUGAGGCAUUUUUAUAUAUGAUUUCAGGGAAUAAUCAAAUACCUUUUUUAUUCAAAGACUGAUCAGGUUGCCUUUGAUGCCACUUUGCUAAAACACAAAAUAAAAGUAAAAUAUAGGAUAGCAAAUUUAGAAUCCAUAUUAUUUUUGUAGACAUCCAUUUUGUGGCCACGGAACUGGGUGUUCAUUAUAAAGAACAAAUACCUUGUGGCACGGCCAUAAUUCAGAUGAAAUAUAGUCAUGUUGGGAAAAAGUGGUAUGGUUAAACAUGACGGAAAUUAAAUUAUGUCUGUACUUUAUAUACCAGUGUAUGUACUGUACGUAUGUAUAUAAUAUGUGUAUAUAUUCAUGUAUGUUAAUCAAAAAGGGAAUGUUUAUUGUUUAAAGUUAAUCAUUUUGAGUAAAUGUAUAGCUACUUUAGACCUUUUUGUAAACUUUUCUUGAAAAUCUAAUUGAAACUUUUUUGGCCAAACAUGAAAGAAUUGCUAGAUUUCAGAGCUCAAUACCAAAUGUACUGUAUUUGCAUACCCUUCCUUAAAAUAUCUCAAAUCUGAAAUAUCUUAUUCCAUGAGAUAACAAAAUAUCAAACCAAGUGAGAUUUAUAUUUUGAAGAAAAAACACAAUCAUGCUUUUCAAACAGAACUUAAACUUUGUCAAACAUUAAUGGGAUGAAUUACCUGUGUGAAUGUGAGGAGAUCUGAAAUCAAACUAGAAAAUCAACAUUCAAAUACUAAAGAAUUACAUUGACACCAGUUCAUUAGGAGAAAAAAGCUCAUAAUUGGUUUGCCUCUUACUUUGGUAUUUUGUCACCUAAUACAAUUGCAUUCAUUGCAGAUAUUUUGGGGAAACUGUAAAAGAAUCCAAUAUAAAUAAUCCAUUUAAUUUGCUUAAGGAAAAAUCUCAGGAAAUAAUCUCCUGUUUAAAACUGAGGUGAAAUGGGAAUGGCAGCAAAAUGACACUAAAUGUAAAUGUUUAUGUGACGAGGGAGGCGGGACUAGAGCCGUGAGAGAAGAAGCCAGGCUGGUGGUGCCAGUGAUAAUGAGUGUCAGCUGUGCGUUACACUGGUCUUGCUUCUUCUCUCAGCUCUUGUCCCGCCUCCCUCAUUACAGUUUAUUAAUGAUCUUAUCAAUAACAGUGUUAUUUUAACUUGUGUUUAAAACAGUAUUAUGCUAAAUGAGGAUGAGACUGAAAUUUGAAGACUUGCACUCUGAAAUAAAUUGAGGACUUUUGGCUGAGAUGCUUUUAUUUUCCAUAACAGUAUUGCUAAUUUUCACACAACAGCAAAUUGUAACAUUUUCGUAAGUUGGAUGGUGAAAGUAUGUGAUUUAUCUUACAAGGAAAACAAUGUAUAAAACUUCUUGUUUUUAGUCAUGUUUUGUUACCAAGCAACUAAUGGUUCAAAGUUAGUUGUGAAAUUGUAGGCUAAGCAGUGUUGUGCGUCAGAUCACAGCCAUUAAAAAAGACAGCUGUGUGUGACGGGUCAUGGGCCAUUGGUUCAUUCUUGGUUGAAAACAGCAAUGGACUUACUGAUCAUUUCAGAAAAUGUGACCAUAUUCAAAGGUUCCACUUGGUUUCAUUCCUUGUAAUGUCUCUGUAUUCUGAUUUUUUUUUCAGAACUUCUGUAUGGUAACAUUUACUUAACAAUGUCAUGCAAUAAACAAAGCUCCUUUAAAUAAAUGUGCAUAUCCAUCCCAUCUUGAUCUGGCAUGCAUUAUUUAAAUAUUAUAAGAAAUUUCUUUUUAUAUGUUUAUUUAAGUUUAAAAUGCUACUUAAUGAUAAAUAAUAAGUAGAAUGCGUAUGCUGACACAGUGUUAUUGCGCAAAUAAAAAAUCAUUCCAUAAUGUCAUGGUUUACAGAUUUUGAAAGAUUUUCCACAUUUCAUGCAAAGGAAAUCCUUGUCCAAAGAAAGAAGAUGAGUGAUUUAUGCAUUAUAAUGGAUCUAAAUUUUUCCAGCCGUAAAGAACAUGGUUAAAUCUGUUAAACAAUUGUGAAAAUGACUGGUAUGUGAAAGAGAUUCCACAGGACAAUUGGACUACAGUUUUACUUGUAUAUAGCCAAGUUCAUAAACCGGAGCAGCUGGGAUAGGAAUUCCUUUGUGUUUACGUUACUCUUAAGUCAUUUCUGAUAUCGGACAUGGAGUAUUUCAAACAACUUAAGUGAAGCUGUGACAGAACGGCGUUCUUCCCAUUUAUCAGCAAUAGGAAGACCAGAUAUUAUGUUGUAAAGCUACAACCCCGCAGUAGAUCAAAAUACAAGGCAGGCACUGUAGCUGGUCAAAAUAUCCACAGCGUUCAUUUCCAAAACUAACCUUACAAAUCAUAAAACUUCAAACUUGGAUAAAAGUAUAUACUCGCAUGCAAUAAUGGCUUCCCUGUUAAGCUUUUACUACAAAAUACAUGAAGGGGUCCAAGAACUAAUAUUCCUUGUUUUAGGAGACCACAGCUAUACCAGGUUUUUCAACCAAGUCCAAAAUAAACUAACCAAAAUGGAAACAGUCAAACUUCUGUCUACUUUUCAGGUUCAUACCAAUCCACCCUCUCACUCAAAGACCCUGUGUCAGACUCUGAGAAGUAAACAUGAGUAAAAAGAAUAAAACAACAAAAAUGUUAGAUAGGCAGGGCUGUGUUCCUGUGCCUCAAAUGAUUGUAUUGCAUUAGUGUAAAAGUUGAUAAAUGUAAAUCAUAAGUGCACUGUUAUUCGUUUGGAAACAAACAAACAAAUUAGUAGUAAAUAAAUCAAUAUAAUAAGCGUUAGUCCAUGUUUCAUUGAAAUAUAACGUGUAAAUUU